GAGCGAUAGCGGCGCUAAUCUCAGCUUGAGCCGCUCCUCAAGUGGUCCGAGCCGAGCCGCGCAGCGCCACCCCCGACCGUCCCGACAGUCACCAUGAGCAUCCUCAGAGCGGCGGUCUGCGUCCUCGCCACGGCAUUGGCCGUGGCCGGGUCUCCAGUAGACCCGCGGAUCGUGGUUGGGCCACUCGACCCGGAGGGUUUGGGUGCGGCCAGCCUGAGAAUCUCCGGCGGCAGAGUGGCAAAGGUUGGGCAGUUCCCUUACCAAGUGGCGCUGUUCGAUUCCACGGGUAGCUUCCUCGGCUCCGGGGCCAUCAUCAGCACCAAGACGGUGCUGACGGCAGCGCAGUGCAUCGACGGGAUCCUCGACGACGUCGUAGUGCGUGCGGGGAUCCUCAAGCUGACCGACAUGAACGCGGACGGCGAGAGGCGCACCACGCUGGCCAACCGCGUCAUCCACCCCAACUUCGACGCCGAGUUCUUCGACAGCGACAUCGCCAUCAUAAACGUACCGUACGACUUCACAUUCCCAGACACGAAAAAACCAGCCAUAGGUUUGAUCGCACUGCCGGCGUACUCGGAAAUAGGCGACGGACUCGCUAACGCAGCAGUUACUGUUUCCGGCUGGGGAAAAACGAGCGACUCGUCCGACCUGACCUCGACCGACCUGCAGUACGGCCAGAUGAACCUCGCCGCCGACCACAAGGAGUGCGCGGCAGAGUACGGCGCCUCCAUCAUCGGCACCAAGCUGUGCACCGCGUCCUCGCAGGGCGCGAGCACCUGCGCGGGUGACGUGGGAGGCCCGGUGAAGCGGGCGGUGGACGACGGCUUCGUGCGCACGGAGCUGAUCGGCAUCGUGUCCUUCGGCCGGCCCGAGAGCUGCACCGCCGGCAAGCCCGUCGUGUUCACUCGCGUCUCGGCCUUCUACGACUUCAUCGAGAGCAACAGCGACGUCAAGGUCCCGGACCUGCCGGUGGACGAUGAUGAUUCGUAAACCCUGUUUCACAGUCUAUACGUACAGCUAUCGUAAUAAAAAAAAAACGUUAACGAUA